AGCCCUAAGAGAACUUCACAAGCUUUAUCUACUUUAUUCUCGUUUGCAUGGUGAACAGAGCUCCAAAACAUUGGCCAUGCAUAAUUUGACUGUCCAGGUCCUACUUCAAGAGGAGGACUAUGAGCAGGCACUAGAGCAGCUUAAAACAAGGCUUAAGCUCUGCCGUGAAGCCCAUGGGGACUACAGCACUCAGGUGUGUGGAGUAUUACGACAACUGUCUCGAGUCCAUGCUCUGAAAGGGGACCUCAGUGCUGCUGCCUCUGCUCUAGACCAGUGUCUUCACGCUGAAAUCCUUAUUUAUGGAUCAUCUUCACGCAGAGCUCAAGCAUCACGUCUGCGUCUUCGGGAAUUAAUUCAACACUUACCUUUGGCUUUAAGGAUGAAGAUGUGGAGAAAACAUCCAGAGCUGCAGAAUAAACCAAGAUUUAGAAACUUAUAAAGAUACUUUUCAUUUGAGAAAAAAGAAAAUAUGCUACUUACUACAGAGGGUGCAGUUUUAUGUAUUUUGUCUCUG